UGGAGGAGAGGAAGCAUCCCGCAGCAUCACGGCUGCAGCCAGCUCCGGCUGCUUUAGCUCAACUGAAAGCGCGUGUUAGACUGUGCGUGACACGGUGUGCGUGCGUGCGUGAGGAAGAAGCUGUGGGUCAAACUACAAAAGAGAUCCGCUUUGACAAGGUUAUUCUUCCCGGAGCUCCGGAGGCACGGAAGGAGCAUCCGCGCGUCUCCAACCCGGCUGUCCUGCACGCGCAGCGGGGACCCCCUCCACCCACAGCGGGUAAGAAAACAAUCCUGGCUGGUGCAAUAAACUCCUCUGUCAAGUGAAAAAAAAGACCAAACGAUCCUGUUGCCAUGGGGAAACAGAACAGCAAGCUGCGGCCAGAGAUGCUGCAGGACCUCCGAGAAAAUACAGAGUUCUCUGACCACGAGCUUCAGGAGUGGUACAAGGGGUUCUUGAAAGAUUGCCCCAGUGGAACCUUGAAUGUGGAGGAAUUCAAGAAGAUCUAUGCCAAUUUCUUUCCCUAUGGAGAUGCCUCCAAGUUUGCUGAGCACGUCUUUCGAACUUUUGACACCAACGCCGAUGGGACGAUAGACUUCCGGGAGUUCAUCAUUGCCUUGAGUGUCACAUCCCGAGGGAAGCUGGAACAGAAGCUGAAGUGGGCUUUUAGUAUGUAUGACCUGGACGGAAACGGGUACAUAAGCCGCGAAGAGAUGCUGGAGAUAGUUCAGGCCAUCUACAAGAUGGUGUCGUCUGUGAUGAAGAUGCCAGAGGAUGAAUCCACGCCAGAGAAGAGGACAGAUAAGAUCUUCAGACAAAUGGACCUCAACAAUGACGGUAAAUUGUCUCUGGAGGAGUUUAUUAAAGGUGCCAAAAGUGACCCCUCAAUCGUUCGGCUACUCCAGUGUGACCCCAGCUCCGCCUCCCAGUUCUGAACCUGCCCUGCCGCAAGCCUCUUAUUUGAUUUAUAAUCUAUCUGUUGCUCUUUAAAAAGCUUCGAAAAUCAACGCAUGAUGGUUCACAUCUCUCAUAUCAUCAAUUCUGUUAUUGUUUUGUGGAGAGGUUAGGGAGAAGAGCGAGAGUCACUUUUUAUUUUACUUUUAUAUUUGAGAAAAUAAAGAGACGUGUGUACAUUUAUGGGCUGGUCCAAUGAGGCGCCUCCUUUGUUUUUUCAGAGAGCCUGAUACCCCGUGGGACUGCUUUCUGCAGGAUGAGGGAUGGUUCGGGUUCUUCUCUAACACACCUAUAUCGUUUGUAUAUUGUACAUCUGUGUACACAUAAUUUCAUCAUAUAUACUGUACAGCGCACGUUCUCUGGCGAUGAAAGGCAGAAUUAUGUAGCUUCCUGCUCUGAUCUUAAUGGGAGGUUGGGUUGGAAACGAGUAAAGGAGAGGUUGGGGGGAUUUUACUGCUAUAUGAUCUUUCGCUGUGAAAAAGAAGGCCUAAGAUCCCACUUGAUAUGUAUCGAUACCUACUGCCAUUUUGUUUAUGUUUUAGUUUUCUCAUUUGUACAUAUUGUUUAAUCUUUCAUGUUUUAUUUUUUCAUUUUUAUUCUUAUGAGUGUGCUUUAACUUUUAUAUUUGAAUAUGACCAUAUCCCAGUUUACACUGACAGAGGGGGAACAGGUAGGGAGUAAAGGUCAGGUAUUUUAUUUUUUAUUAUUCGUUCCCAAUGAAGACAAAGAAGUAGUGGCAUCCCAUAAUGCAUUGGAUCAGCAGCACCAGUAGCACAUAUCAUUUUUUCCGUGGUAUAUUUACAAAGUUUGGCUGUGCAUUAAAGACUGAAUGUGUGUGUGCAUGUGAAUAUACACUGUAUACUUGAGGCUAACUUUUACAGUAUUACUAUGUUGUGCUGUUUCUCAAACUGUAAAGUAUCUUAAAGUUCCUAAUUAAUAUCAAGCAGUAAACUUUAAAUAGUUGUAACUUGUACUGCAUGAUCCUACGAUCCAGACGGAGGUAGAACUCACGGUAGUCUUUGGAAGCGCCGCAGUCCUCUCAGAAACCAGUGACUCUGGCUUUCACACACCACCCUCCCGUUCUUGAAUCUGUUUUUCUUCAGACAGGAAACUCACUAAGGGCUUGUCCAUCACUCUUUUGCUGAAUGCUCUUCUGUCUUCUAGAGGAGUCUGCUUGCAGAGCGCUCACGGUAAAAGCUGUUUGAUGAGGCAGCAGCAGGUUCACACACUUACUCUGGUUUAGAUGUUUAGUUGCGGACAGUGAUCGAUGAACUGAUUCAUAAUGAAGCUGUACACCGAACGUUCAAUACGCACAUUCUGUUUGAUGUUUGUAAUAAUCGGAGCACUAACGUCCAGUAGUUUGAAGACCGUCUUGCAUCUGGUGAAACUCAGAGCUGACAGUAUUUGUGUUGAAGGUUUCAUGAGGUAUGGAUCUAAACCAAAGCUGCUUUUGGUGCCACUGGUUGCAGCAGGGCCAGCUCCUCUCUCAGGUCUCACUAGAGUCCCAUCACGUUCACCUUCCUGGGGUUUGUGGGUCAGUAACACAUUUCAGGCAAACAAAGAAAACUUAAAAAAAAAAAAAAAAAAAAAGAGUUUUUGCUUGUAAUCAAGCACA